AUGAAUGAGUUCAAGAAAACCCUCCUCAGUCGUCUGACAACCUCCCUCUGGGGGCUUGUUCCUGGAAAAAGAGUCCAUAAAGUCUUAAGGUAUGGCCUGGACAAACACCUGCCUCCCAACGCCCACGAGCUGGUGUCUGGAAAGCUGCACGUUGUCCUCACCCGUCUGCGCGACUGGAAAUGUGUGACCGUGUCCGAGUUUGCCUCCAAGGAGGACCUGAUCCAGGCCAUACUGUGCAGCUGCUUCAUCCCAGGGUAUUUUGGACUUUUCCCUCCUAAAUUCCGUGGGGUGCGUUACGUGGACGGGGAACUGGCCAUGUGGAAAGCUGACUUCGUGUCCCAGAACACCAUCACCGUGUCCGCGUUCGCCGGCGAAUACGACAUCUGCCCCCGGGACGGCGCCGCCGCCUUCCUCAACUUCCAGCUCUCUGACUGCACUUUGCACCUCUCCACGAGGAACCUCUGCCGCUUACAGCACAUCUUUCAGCUCCCCAAACGCCAGGUGAGCUGCUCCUACAGGUACCCAGAGCCACGAGCCCCCUUUUCUCUGGCCCAGCUGCCCUGACUGGCACCUCCCCCCUGCAGGUCAUGGACCGGUUUUUUGCCUCUGGCUACCAGGACACGGUCUGCUUCUUAAAGAGACUGAGUAAGUGACUGGGAGUGAGGAGCAGGUAGGUUGGAGGCUUCUCUCACAG